AUGGAGCACACAGAAGAGGAAUAUCGAAAUUAUGCUUCAGAGAUAGCUGUAUUCAUCUCCCAAGUAUACGAAGCCGAACCAGAGCAACCAGAGGUCAUGGCAGAGCUGGAAGCUCUACAAUCGAUCUAUGGGGAGAACUCGAUCAGAACUUGGAAGGGUAAUGGGAAUGGGAAUGGGGCAAAGGAGUGGGCACCGGGAGAAGCAAUUCGCUACGAGGUCGUCACUUCUCUAUCACCGCCUUACGAAGAUACUUCUCUACGUCUACUUGUUACCCUCCCUCAAACCUACCCACAUUCAACACCCCCGCAACUCCAACUCCUCUCCAAGUACAUUGGUCCCUACCCAGUCACCUCCCAGCUCUUCGGCGGCGUUCUCCGUACCUACCUCUCCCAGGCACACGGAGUCGAGUUCCGACUCGGAGAGGUCGCCGUGUUUGAUGGAGUGGAGAGUACGAAAGAAAGGGUAGGACGAUGGUUCGAAGAAGAGAAGGGGAGAGGGGAAGCUCUAGCUGUGCAGCGGGAAAUGGAGCGAGAACGUCAGACGGGAAGCGAGACCCCCAAGGCGAGGGAAGAGCCACCAGCCCCGAGGGUUCCGAUGGAGGUUCAGGUGACAGCAGAGCUGCCAGACGGGAUAGAGCUCAUCGUGGCUGAACCGAUCAUUGACCGGAAGAGCGUUUUCGUCGGCAGGGCGUGUAAGAUCACACAUCCUUCCCAGGUGCCGCCGGUGAUUGCGUACCUCAUGUCAGACCGGCGAAUAGCUAGGGCAGCACAUCCCGUAAUUCACGCUUGGCGAUGUCAGGUUGGCAACGUCCUUCACCAAGACAAUGAUGAUGAUGGGGAGAGCGCCGCUGGUGGGCGAAUAGCUCAUUUGCUGCAGAUAUUGGUGUAUGUUCUUGUCAUUGUUACGCGCUAUUUCGGUGGAAUUCUACUAGGAGCGGACAGAUUCAAGCACAUCAACCAAGCUGCCCGGGAUGCGUUGGAGCUCGGCGGAUUCCUUGACACAGACGAUCAUGCCACGGCAAAGAGUCGGAAAGGGAAAAAAUGA